AAGGAAGCAGUUGAUAUCAAAAAAUAAAAGUGCGAAUAUUCCUCAUCCACCCCUUUCCUUUGCUUUAGUUUCUCUCUCUAAAAUUUGUAGAGAGAGAAACAAAGAAGACAACAGACGAAGAAGAAGAAGAAGAAGAAGUGCCUCUAAAGGAAAGGAAAUAAGAGAGAAUUGAGGCUUUCAUUAUCUUUCUCCCCUUUUCUCUCUCUCUUUUUUUUUCCCCGAGAAAAUAAAGGAAAAUAAUAUAGUAGGCAGAGAGAAAAUGAUGAAUAAUGAGAAUGAAAGAGAUGCCAAGGUUUCUGGGUUGGUGGGAUCCAAUACCAAUACCAAUACCACCAUUGUCAACAAUAAUAAGUUUCCAUUGAGUUUUUGGGAGGUGACUGUGGCUUCCUCUGUGGUAUUGGGAUUCAUUAUUGGUCUUCUUGGGGUUUACUUAACCAUGCCUUCUUCUGACUAUAGCUUUCUCAAGCUCCCUCGUAGCCUUGAAGAUCUUCAAAUCCUCAGAGAAAACCUUGAAAGUUACACAAGUGAUUACACUGCCCAAGUGCUGGUGGGCUAUUGCAUUGUUUACAUUUUCAUGCAGACUUUCAUGAUUCCAGGAACUGUGUUCAUGUCUCUGCUCGCCGGAUCCCUUUUCGGUGUCUUUAGAGGCGUGGCUCUUGUUGUUUUUACUGCAACUGCUGGUGCUUCUUCUUGCUAUUUCUUGUCAAAGAUGAUUGGUCGUCCCCUUGUGUUCUCACUUUGGCCUGACAAAUUGAAUUUCUUUCAAGCACAGGUGGCUAAAAGAAGAGAAAGGCUGUUAAAUUACAUGCUUUUCCUGAGACUGACUCCAACUUUGCCUAAUACUUUUAUCAAUGUUGCUUCUCCAAUUGUUGAUGUGCCUUAUCAUAUAUUCUUUUUCGGAACUUUAAUCGGUCUCAUACCUGCUGCUUAUGUUACCGUGAAGGCUGGAAUAGCUCUUGGAGAGCUGCAAUCCAUUGGUGAUCUCUAUGAUUUCAACUCGAUUGCCACUUUGUUCCUCAUAGGAAUUGUCUCAAUUACACCAACACUAGUGACAAAGGAGAAGUCUCCGUAGGACUAUAGGGUAGUAGCUCAGUUUGCUCGGUAACAUGGACUCGUGUUCUGAUGGCAGACGUUUCGGUAUAUCCCCUCAUUUCGUUAUCUGCCUUGGCUUAUCGUUUUGCUUAUGUCUUAACUGUAUUUUGCAGCCAUUGCAGACUAUGAUGGGAUGCAUGGAAGUGAGUCGCCUGAUGAAACUCUCUGCAGUGUGGUUACCUUUACAUUUUACACUUGGUUAAAGAUGUUUGAUGGGGUUGGUUGGUUUGAGUAAUGGAAAGAAAAAGGAAAGGAAAGGGUGUUGUGAAUGUGUUGUUUAAUUUGGAUAAGUAGGAAAGAACUCUCAUCUCAAUGUGUAUAUUUUAAAUAAGAGUAUAAGUAGGCCUUUUUUAUCUUUUCAAGUUA